UAGGUCUGAUCAACCGCAGUCUUCCGCUGGCCAUCAGGACGUUCAAAUACUUUUGCUGUGCUCAACGUCCAAUACACUCGCAAUAACGCGAGCGCAACCAGGCCCAGUUUAGUUCUCUUGGCUUUUUUUUGUUGUUGUUGGUUUUAGAUUUAUCAUUUUUUGUUUCGCCUCCUGCUGUGCGAUUUCGUCAAUUGUUUUCAACUAGCGUGUUCAAUUGACUUCCGAGGCUACAAAUAGUUUAUCUAGAACAGCCACGCCAGCUAAAGAAAUUGAGAGAUAGCUAUAGCGCUUUCGCAGUCGAGUACCAUUCGACCAUGAGGAUCGUCGCCUUGUACCUUGUCUGCCUUUGGUCGUCUUUGGUCUGUUCCACCUCCGAGAUGGAACAGCCUCACCGCCAGAAACGCCAGCUGGACUGGAAUGGUGGCGGUAGGAUUUAUCAUUUCGAUCAUCUGGCACUGAGCUCCGACAUCAGCGCCGAACACAGGGCAUCCGGAGAAGAAAGUUCUAGUUCAUCCGAAGAGGAUCUGGAUCCAGUUCAUUCAACUAAAUUGUCAAAGUCUGGAUUACCGGGAGACCCUGGCAUUGACUACCCUAUUUUACCGUCCAUCCCGUUAACUGAUUUCCAUUGUCGAGGACGUACGCCCGGUUUCUAUGGCGAUACCCAAACGGCGUGUCAAGUGUUUCACGUUUGCGACAUCAGCGGUAGGCAGGACUCGUUCCUCUGCCCCAACGGUACCAUCUUCAGCCAGAAGCUCUUCGCCUGCGAUUGGUGGUACAACGUCCAGUGCGCCACCACUCGCGAACAUUACCAACUCAACCGCAACUUGUUCAAGGGAGGUGAUGUCAAUCUAUAUGGAACGCCUUCUUUCUGGAACUGGUUGAGUGAAUCGGAAGAGGUCCAUUCUAAGACCCCAUCACCGAAAGACAAUGGAAGAUCCCAUCAGAAAGCUGCAAUUCGGCCAUACAAGUACAUCGAAACUCCAUCACCCGCUCCUCGUGGACCACCCGUACAACUUCAGAAGUUCACUGAACCUUCCGCGCAGCAACUAGAAAUCGAGCAAUUGCCAGAACCCGCUCCGUUGGUCCAGUCACAACCGGCUGAGCAGCCCGUAGUCGAUUCGGCGGAGCUGGAACCGAUCGGUCCUGCAAAGGUGGAACCCAGCCACCCAUCGCAAUGGGAAUCCUUCAUUCCUGCAUCACGACCUGCUCCGCAAGUUGCGGCCACACUGCCACCAGCACUAUUUGAUGAUGAAAUAGCUUCCCAAGGAUUCACGCGCCAUUAUCAAAACCACUACUUUAAUUGGAUGAACGAAGCUAUUCAUCCAAGCCCCGACAUGGCUCCCGAAUUAAGCUGGUCCGACUUGGGUCCAAACGGUCCGCUCAUGACUGGCCAUCGUAGUCAGGUGCCUGAUGAGCAAUCAACUGGGCAGCACUCACCGCCAACCGAUCGACGCCGCAAAGCCAAACCUGCGGUUCAACAUACUCAGAAACCAGUUGCUGUUAAGAAACAAACUUCGACUAGGCAGGCGUCUGUCUUGACACCGCCUACUCAACCACCUGCUUAUGUUUCAAAAGCUGCUUCGUUUAAUAAACAGAUUACAUCCCCUUCUAAGCAGGUUGCUACGCGACCACCCGUAAAGUCUUCUUCCAAACCAGCAUCUAAACCAGGUGUUUCCAAGGCAUCUCCAUCCGUGAAAGUGAUACCGACUUCCACCCCAAGAUCAAAGCCUAAUAAAACCAAACCCAAAGAGAGAUCUUCAACAGUGACUGAGACGUUUGACAGACCUAUGGCCAAGAACGACUACUUUAACGAAGACGAAGACGUAGCCCACUAUGACGACAGCUCGAACAAACCAACGAAUCAAAGAAUACGUGAAGCCAUCGCAAGACAAACCAGCCGUUUCGGUAGCAAACUAAAAAAAGCCGGGAAAACGCAUCAAAUGGAGCACCAAGAAACCGCGUAUCACACACAGAGAGAAAAGAAAUUCGUGCCUAGUCCCAAAGUGAUGCCCAUAGUGCCCAGCCCACAAAUAAUGCCCAGUAGAGCGGAUGCUUUGGUCGCCAAUCCGUUCAACUGGGUAGCCUCACCUAGCCAGCCGGUGUCACUUUAUAGAACGGAGCCGUUUUGGGGUCACUCCUCUGCCCAGAAUCUUGCCUACCACAAGCCUUCUACCAGUCCUUUACCAGUAUCCAGAGCCCAGCAACCUAUUACUCCUGCCGCAAAUUGGCCAGUUGGCCCGUCAGUCCGGAAUACUGCAAGGCGGUCUUCGAAAACGCCAGCGGUAUACCGUCCUUCGGAAGCCAGAUCAUUUGAUCAAUCCAUCCCAUCAACCAGAAGUACACUCGCUUUGGAGCGCAUCCAACCAGCCUUCCGUCCAAGCCAGCCCAUUCCGGCCAUCACUUCAAACAGUCACCAACCAAGGGUAAGAACCCUACGAGCGCAUCCGUCACCCAAGGCUCGUUCUACUGGCGUGAAACGAAAACGAAAGUCCAAAUCGAAGGCCAUCACUGCUUACGAUCCAAGGCUGGACCGGCCUUACGGGCAAAACCAUCCCAUCUGGAAGUUGCAAAACUGGGAAUCGACAAAAAUUUGAUGAAAUUGUUUUAUUUGUUUUCUCGCUUUCCUCCUAGACGUGAUCCGUCUCUGUUUUGUUUUACCAUAAGUUGUUUUACCUGUCAUAGUCUUUAUUUAGUUUGACUACUUUUCACACUUUUGUUCAUCGUACUUGUUUCAAAUUUUCACAAAUCACAUAAAGUUUUUUUUUUAUCAUUACAAAGAUUUUUAUACGUUUAAA